UUCAGUCGUUGUUGUUGGUUGCGGCAUGGGACAUGACAAUGACAUUAGCAUUGGCGCGAAUAGCGAUUUGCAAAGCAGCGCCGCCAACUUCAAGAGCGGUAAGAGAAAUUGAUUAUUUUUUCUCUCUAGUUUCUGUUUUAUCGUUAUUCCCCCCGUUCCUUGUUUUGGAAUGGGAGAGGGGUGGUGUACAAUGUAGUUGGUGAGGGUAAAUGACUUUGUUCCUUCUUUUCGUUUCUUUUUUCUUGUCUUCUUCUUCAAGGGCCUGAGUACACAUUUCUUAGGGUGUCAGGCUAUACAAAUCUAAGGAAACUUGUCAACAUUGCGAAAUUUUUCCUUCCCCUUUUUAUUCCUAUAUGAUCUUUGCUUGAUAUCAUGGAGACGAAGAUAAGGCAAGGAAAUGGCAGGUGUAUGAACAACCAUCGCAAGCCCGUUUGAUUCUUUGGACAUGAAUUUCUUCAAAAACGAAAUUUUCAUUUCCUUUUUUCCAUCAUCCGUUCGAGCGAGAUGGGAAGAAUAACCCAACUGAUUAAAUAGCCCAUGUCUCUCGCCCCCUAUCUCCUCUCUAAAGUAUCCGUUUCACGGAAGAAAAACCACACUGAUCAAUAUUCCACGUGCGUUCUAUUGGGAUGGACCAAACCCGCGAACAUAACGUGUGUUCAAUUUUCGUCCUUGCCCCAGCAAGAGCAAUAUAACAGCAUGUAGUUGAUAUACACCACUCACACCCAGUCGAAUGAAAAACAAUCCUCUCGACCCAAACUAGAUACAGACCACUUAGUAUUGGCGCCCACUACUCCCUAGGACACAAUACUGCUGAUCACCUUAUCAAGGGAAUUACUUAUCAGUAGAUAGGAGCUAGGAUCUGCCCUUCUGGUCUUGUUGAUCGAUACUGUAGUAGUACUGCGAAGUCGGACCCUUGAUUGACUUGCGUAUUCUCUAUGCUGUAAAGUCGUUAUAGUCAGAAAUAGUACGGGCAGACCAUGUCGCGUGAUUUGAUUAGUGAUGCCAUCUAGCCUUUAACAGUAGUAUAUUCAAUAGGUUUAGGGGAAGUAGUGCAGACGGGAGCAAUCUUUGCAACGUUCGUAUCAGAGACAUAAAGGGAAACGGUUUCAAGUUUUAGAACACCUUCUCCUCUUCCCCUUUGCCGUCUCCCCCUCACCCGAAGCAGAACAGCACGUUCCCGAACUCGCACUCAUGCUUGAAACCUUAUCAAGACUGGGAAACAGGGAAGAGGCGUUGCAAGCCGAGCCCAAGUCCAGGUUUACCUGAGCUGAGCUGACUUGAGAUCAGGUGGCACUAAUUAAACGGUGCUGCUGGUAAAGUCACGCACACUCUCUCUUUCUCGUCUCGGACCCAGAUUUCGGACACACUGCUUCCUUUCUCGCUCCGUGUCACGAUGGUAUAGGCGCGGUGGGGACAGGAAUGAAUACGAGAACUUGGAAGUUUGGGGAGAUUGGACGGAUGGGUGGAUCGGUGCGUGAUAUCGGUGUUGGUGUGUGUGUGUGUGUGUGUGUGUGGAUAGCCCCGGGAUUCGGCGGGAGGUGAGUGCAUGUAAGGGAAGAGAUGGGAAGCCGGGGGUUUUUUUUUCGAAUCAUGUGUCUAUCUGUUUCCUGCUUCUUCAUCUUCUUUGUCCUCCUCACAUUUUUCCGCUAUGCACUGUUAUAUAUGCUGAUACAUCGUUGAAGCCGCAGAGUCAUAGCAAGUGAAAAUUGUGUAUGUAAUUUUGAUCGCGUCUAACAGUGCAUGGAACAAGGAUUUUUGACGCUUUUUUUCCAUUAACAACCUCUUCCUGGUUUUCACUUAGGAGUCAUUCUCUCUCCCUUCUUUCUUACAGUCUUGGAAAGAACGAACGUAUCGCGAACAAAGUUAUCAAGUUGUGGCUGUUGUUCUACAUGCUGGAAGACUCUCGAAUGGAGGUAUGCAAGUUGAAGACGGAACGAAUAUUUCUUCAAUUUUUUCCAUGGUGC